AAGGGACGACGAGCUUUCUUCUUUCUGUCUGCCUUUUUUUUGUUUGUUUGGUUGGUUUUUUGGUUCUUGGAGAUUUGGCUGUUAAAUCCGAAGAGGUUCGAUUAUUUGGCAAUGCGAGUGUCUUUGCCGUCCGAAACGAUCGGAUCCGAAAUUUAGGGUUUCUUCUUUGGAUUCGUCUUCCUGAUGGCUGGUGAUGCAUCGUGGGAGGAGAGUUAUCCCAUCGCCUACUUCCACCGCGAGAUUGCAGUGUUGAAGCCCAUGCCGCCUGGAGAUAGAGACAGCAGCGACCAGGAGGAGGACACAUUGAUCUCGUUAGACGCGAUUUUGCCCGACGAUCUACUGGAGAAGGUGCUCUCCUUCCUGCCCAUCGCCAGCAUCGUCCGGUCGAGCUCCGUCUGCAAACGGUGGUACGAGGCCGUGCACUCCGGGCGGCCGUCGUGGGCCAAGAUGUCGCCGCAGAAGCCAUGGUACUUUAUGUUUACCUGCAGCGACGACGCCGUCUCCGGCUAUGCCUACGACCCGAGCCUCCGCAAGUGGUACAGCUUCGACUUCCCGUGCAUCGAGAAGAGCAACUGGUUGACCUCCUCCUCCUGCGGCCUGGUCUGCGUCAUGGACGGCGAAGACCGGAGUCGCAUCUUCGUCUGCAACCCCGUCACGCGCGACUGGAAGAGGUUGGGCGACGCCCCCGGCGGGUGCUCCCCCGAUUACUGCGCCCUGGCGGUGUCGGUCGACCGGCGCACGCACGGCUACACGGUGGCCGUCGCCAAGUGCAAGCAGGUGCCGCAGGACUACUACCAGUGGGACUUCUCCAUCCACAUCUACGAGUCGGCCACCAGCUCCUGGGUCACCCUCUUCACCCAAGUCCUCGCCGGCUGGAGGAGCGGCGAUGAGUGCGUCAUCUGCAAUGGCGUCCUCUACCUGCUGAUCUACUCCACCAGCGUCCUCCGCAACGUGGAGUCGCGCCAUUGCUUGGUGAUGUACGACCUGGCCGCGCGGCCCUCCUCGUCCGGGACGUCUCUGAUGCAAAUGGCUAUCCCCGCGCCCUGCUCUCUGACCUGCGGCCGAUUGAUGAAUCUCGGCGACAGAUUGGUCAUGGUCGGCGGGAUAGGGAAGCAUGACCGACCGGGGAUCAUCAAAGGGAUCGGGAUUUGGGAGCUGGAGAAGAAGGAAUGGUGGGAGGUGGCUCGGAUGCCGCACAAAUUCUUCCAAGGCUUCGGCGAAUUCGACGACGUCUUCGCCAGCAGCGGCGCCGACGACCUAGUCUACAUACAGAGCUUCGGUUCUCCGGCGCUGCUGACCUUCGACAUGAGCCAGAAGCUGUGGAAGUGGUCGGUGAAGAGCCCCGUGACCAAACGUUUCCCCCUCCAACUCUUCACCGGCUUCUGCUUCGAGCCCAGGCUCGAGGUGGCUUCCUGAUCUCUCUUCCUUCGCUCCUUCCUCUGCCUUUUGCUUUACAACUCAACAAAGAUGCCAAUUCUGUUGUCUACUCUAGUUUUGGCCACACACCCUACUUUGUUUUGAGAGUUGAGAGUCCAUGAUUUAGUUAUAUCAUCCACGCACAAUUCUGUUUGAUCCCUUUGCUCCAGCAAAUUGCUCCACUCUUCAUGUUUAAAAUAGCAGCAAAAGCAAGAAGAUGCACUACCCAAAUGGAAAUGGAAAUAGAAAUGAGAAACAGACAAGCUACUGCUGCUGCAGCAGCACUCAUCAGUUGGGGCAAGGCUUGAAAGGCUACUGGGGAAGAGCAGCAUAAAAAUGGCAAAGCGAAGAGGAAGAAGCCAGUGCGUUGAUGAUCAGCUUUUGUUAC